AUGGGUUUUGCCCCGAGAGGACGUGGUGGUGGUGACCGCGGAGGUCGUGGAGGCGGCUUCCGUGGAGGCGGUGAUCGCGGCCGCGGUGGUGGCAGAGGAGGCGGUGGCUUCCGAGGUGGCCGUGGUGGAGGUGAUCGUGGAGGUCGCGGUGGCCGUGGCGGUCCCGGUGGCCGUGGUGCGCGAGGCGGUGGUCGUGGCGGCCGUGGCGGCGCAGCUGGCGGCCCCAAGGGCGGAAAGAAGAUGAUUGUGGAACCCCACCGACACAAGGGUGUCUUCGUCGUGCGCGGCGGCAAGGAAGACCUGCUGGCAACCGCCAACCUUACCCCCGGCGAGUCCGUCUACAACGAGAAGCGUGUUGCGAUUGAGAACGCCAAGAGCGAGGAUGGUACUGCGACCAAGACCGAAUACCGUGUCUGGAACCCUUUCCGGUCGAAGCUGGCUGCCGGUAUCCUGGGUGGUCUCGAGUCCAUCUACAUCAAGCCUGGCUCCAAGGCCCUCUACCUCGGUGCCGCCUCGGGAACCUCCGUCUCCCACUUCUCUCACCGUUCUGGCCGUGACCUGAUCAACAUGGCCACCCGCCGCACAAACGUGGUCCCCAUUGUCGAGGAUGCUCGUCAACCUCUGAAGUACCGGAUGCUUGUCGACAUGGUCGACUUCAUCUUCGCCGAUGUUGCUCAACCUGACCAAGCCCGUAUAGUUGCUCUGAAUGCUAAGCUCUUCUUGAAGCAAGGUGGUGGCAUGCUCAUCUCCAUCAAGGCCAACUGCAUUGACUCCACCGCACCGCCCGAGCAAGUCUUUGCUCAAGAGGUCGAGAAGCUGAGGCAGGAGAAGUUCUUCCCCAAGGAGCAGCUGACUCUGGAGCCUUACGAGAGAGAUCACGCUAUGGUGUCGGCAGUUUACAGACAGAAGGAGUUUGUGCCGUGA